GUAUAACAGUGCAAAGUGAAGUAAAAACUCACUUUGCGCAGUUUUGCAUGGUGAAUUAUAAUUCAGUAUGUACUGUUUAAAAGUUAAUUCACUCUGCACGUAGACGGAACGCAGGCAGAAAACAGUUCUAAUUUCUAAAGAGAACCUUUUGAAUUUCUUCCUCCUUCCGCCGGAAAACCCUCCGAAACGUUGCCGCUUCGAUAUCUUCCCCCAAAGAAUCAAGAGAGAUCUUCAUCCAUCCAACUCAAAAAUCUUUGCCUCUCUUCAUCAAACCCAUGGCUUUCAACCCAGUGACCCUAAUCUUGUUUUUUCUCUCCUUAAUUCCUGGGGCUAUUUUGACAACCCGGACGUGUGACCCCUCGUUCAGAGGCCCAGGGCUAACUACUUACGAUGUCUUCUUGAGUUUUAGAGGUGGAGAUACACGCCAACAUUUCACCGACCACCUCUACAAAGCUUUAACUAGAGCAGGGAUUCCCACUUUCAGAGACGACGAUGAGAUCCGGAUAGGAGAGAACAUUGAGUUAGAAAUCCAGAAAGCAAUUCAAGAAUCAAAAUCAUCUAUUAUUGUGUUUUCUAAAAACUACUCUUCUUCAAGAUGGUGUCUUGAUGAACUCUUGAUGAUCAUGGAACGUAGAAGAACUGUUGGGCACUUAGUGUUCCCAGUUUUCUACGAUGUUGAUCCAUCUGAGGUGGGGAACCAAACAGGGCAAUUUGGUGAAGAAUUUGCUAAGCUUGAAAUACGCUUCAAGGAUCAGAUGGAGAGGGUGGAGGGAUGGAGAAGGGCUCUUAAGGAAGCUGCAAACAUGGAAAGGAUGGUUCUGGAAGACAGGAACCAGGAAGGGAGAUAUCAUGAAGCAUUUUCGUCAUACGAGCAAGGCUUCCAGGUUGAGAUGGAGAGGGUGGAAGAGUGAAGGGCAGCUCUUAAAGAAGCUGCAGAUGGCAGGGAUGGUUCUACAAAACUGGUUCAUCAUAUUCCUGUUUCCUCCUGAUUCUAGUAAUACCUAGGCAACACAAGUUAAGGAAGACGUUUUUUUUAGGUAAUAAACUUUUAAGCAGGCAAGGACAGAACAAUUUAUUUUCAGGAGCAAUCCUAGUUCUUAUGCAUUCUGAAUUAGACAAUCUAAUCAUUGGUCAAAAGCUCCCUACAGGUUAGCACCAAAGGAUGAACACAAUCAGCCUAGAAAAAAAUUGAAAUAAAUAAAGCUUGAGACCAAAAACCCAAUCCCAAACGACAGGAGCAAUC